AUGACUGAAACUAAAGAAAAUAUCUUCUUGUUUGUUCCUAAUAUAAUUGGAUUCGGGAGAGUCGUCCUAGCUAUAAUAUCGUUUUAUUAUAUGCCGACCCAUUGCGUAUUAGCGUGUACUUGUUAUAUUACAUCUGCAUUGCUUGAUGCUUUUGACGGACAUGCCGCACGGUAUUUUAAUCAAAGUACUAAAUUUGGGGCAAUGUUAGAUCAACUAACAGAUCGAGCAGGGACUGCUGGCCUUAUGAUGACUUUAGCCACAUUUUACCCAAAAUACACUUUCUGGUUUCAAAUCUCUAUGGUUAUCGACAUUACAUGUCAUUGGCUCUAUUUGCACACAUCCACAUUGCAAGGGAAAACUUCACACAAAUUUAUUGAUAUGUCUGAGAAUCCUAUAAUGCAUUUGUAUUACACAAACAAGAAUGUCCUAUUUUUUAUGUGUGCUGGAAAUGAAGCCUUCUAUGCAGCUCUAUAUGUCAUGUACUUCCAUUCAGGACCAACAGUGUUGGGAAUGGGUUUGUUCAAACUGAUUGCCUUGCUUUCAAUGCCUGUAGCUGUUGUGAAGGCUGCCAUCUCUGUUCUCCAUGGCAUUGUUGCAUCUAUCAACCUGUCCAUUAUUGAUGUCAAUGAGCGAGCAGCUAUUGCUCAGAAACAAAACAAC